CUUUGCAUGAGCAGCGGAGGUAGCCGCUAAAGGAGACACGUCGGUGCGGUGCGGUGCAAGCAGAGCAGAAGAGGGGAGCAGUUGACGUUGCCGCCUCCCCUUGUGUGUGUUUAAGAAGAUUGAAGAUGGCGACCAGCUCGGAACGCAGUCCUCCUCCGUUCCCCGACUCCGAGGACCAGGAUGUGCUGGACUCUGAAGAAGUCGGAGGCCGAGACAGUGAUGAAGACGACGGGGAAGACCUCUUCAUGAGCGCAAGCAACCCUCUACUGACCGAAAUGGACACCACACUGCCACCUGCCAGUCAACCCAGUGAUGUUUUAAUGAAGCCUCCCAGUAACAUCAUGGAUGAGCCCUUAAUCGAGCCUGUCAGCAGCCAGACAGAAAACAAACCAGCGAACAAAGUCGUCAGCGAACCCUCGGAUGACUUUGUCGACCUGACGAACAACGUAACCGAUUCUCCGGAUGAGGCGGUCGCAGCCGAAAGUGCCGUUGCAGAUGACGCAAAAGACACAACUGAAAUCCCUUUAGAUGAACCCUCAGAUGAGUUUGAGGACAUAUUUGGAAGUGAAAAUGAAGCACUGCAAGAGGAAGUUUUAGUAGCGGAUGUUACCGUUGAAGCAGCAACGGAUAACCGUGCAGUGACCAGUGGUGCUAUAGAGCCACCUGGUGAUGGGAAAACAGGAAGUGAUGAUGAACAGGAAGCAAAAGAAACUGCCACUGAUCCAAUCAUCGACCUUAGUUAUGAUUUGCCAGCCAGUGUCGCACAGCAGCCACCACCUGCCCGUGACAAAUGUUUUGAUCCUUUGGUUGACCUCCUUAGUGAUGCUCCACCCGCUGCUGAUGCCAAUGUACCCAGCCGGGCAACAGUCGAUCUGUUCGAAGAUGAGGGAACCGACUUGUUCACAGAACCACGGCAGACUAAAUCUGCCACGCAGCAACAGAAAAGCCUCUUCGGUGAAGCUGACGAGGAUCUGUUCGGGGAGCCGCUGGGUGCCACCUCAAAGAAAACCAUCAGCAAAGAGCAGAAGGACAAACCUGUCAAAACCAAAGCUGCUAGCCAUGUAAGCAAUAUAGGUGGGCCUCUGCAAGACAAUAGUCCUGCAGAACCUGCUGAUAUCUUCACCGAGGAAGCCGUCACCACACUGCCCAGCAUCACAAGCACCAGCACUGUCAACUCCAAGACCAAUGGAGUCCAAUCGGAAGAGGAGGCAGAUAUAUUUGCUAAAGCCACAGUCGAGCUUUCUCUCGACAGUCCGCGGGGCGAGAGAAGGAAAGAUGUGAAGGCCAAACCGUCUGCGUCCGCCCUCUCCCAGUCAGCAGCUGCCAGCCUAGCCAAGCCACAGUCUGCUGCCCUGGAGGAGUUGGAAGAAGAGGAAGAAGAAGAGCAGGGAGACAAAUUUGACAUCUUUGUCUCUGUCAAAGACCCUGAAAAAAUAGGGGACGGUAUGAACGCCUACAUGGCCUACAAGUUAACCACAGAGACCCAACUGGCCAUGUUCCGCAACAAGACAUUUACAGUGAGGCGACGCUUCAGCGACUUCCUCGGCCUCUACGAGAAGCUUUCUGAAAAGCACGGACCAAAUGGAUUCAUCGUGCCUCCGCCACCAGAGAAAAGCAUCUUGGGUAUGACAAAGGUGAAGGUGGGCAAGGAAGAUUCCUCAUCUGCAGACUUUGUUGAGAGAAGAAGAGCUGCUUUGGAGAGGUAUCUCCAGAGGGUGGUAAAUCAUCCAUCACUCCUCCAAGAUCCCGAUGUCAGAGAGUUCCUUGAGAGAGAAGAAUUGCCAAGAGCAGUGAGUACCCAAGCUCUGAGCGGCGCCGGCUUCCUGAAGAUGAUCAACAAAGCAACAGAUGCUGUCAGUAAAAUGACAAUCAAGAUGAACGAGUCGGACGUGUGGUUUGAGGAGAAGCUGCAGGAGGUGGAAUCUGCAGACCAGCAGUUCAGGAAGCUCCACGCGCUGGUCGAAUCUCUGGUCAUCCACAGGAAAGAACUGUCGUUAAACACAGCCAGCUUUGCCAAAAGCACGGCCAUGCUGGGCAGCGCAGAGGACAACACGGCUCUGUCCCGGGCUCUCUCUCAGCUGGCAGAGGUGGAGGACAAGAUGGAGCAGUUACACCAGGAACAGGCUGCCAACGACACCUUCAACUUUGCCGAACUCAUCGCGGAUUACAUCCGCCUGCUCGGAGCCGUGAGGGCGACGUUUGAUCACCGGAUGAAGGCGUGGCAGCGCUGGCAGGAUGCUCAGUGCGCCCUGCAGAAGAAGAGGGAGACUGAGGCCAAGCUGCUGUGGGCCAACAAACCUGACAAACUGCAGCUGGCCAAAGAGGAGAUCGCUGAGUGGGAGGCCAAGGUGACGCAGUAUGAGCGAGACUUUGACAGAGUUUCUGCUACUGUGCGCAAAGAAGUCGUCCGCUUUGAGAAAGAAAAGGCCAGGAACUUCAAAAGAGAGAUAAUGAAUUACUUGGCGUGUCUGCUUCAGUCUCAGCAACAGCUCAUAAAGUACUGGGAGGCUUUCUUACCAGAAGCAAAAGCAAUCGCCUAAUCCUCGAGCACCAGCCUUUUGGACGACAAAACAGGCUGCCUUUUUCUUAUACACUUUACCUCUUGCCUUUAAACCAAGGAAAAUGCGUGCAUUGUAAAGGGAGAUACAAUCAACCUGUUUUUUGUUUUUUUUCCGUUUUUGUUUUUUUAUCACCUUUAACAUAUAGCUCUGUACUCUAUUGUAUUAAUAAUUGUAUAUUUUCAUUUAACCUUCCACAAAAUAUUUUCUUAUUAGAUGAAAAACAUAUGGACACACGAAAAGAGAAAAUAGAUGAAUGAUUCCAUUAAUUUCCACAAGAGAAGGGAAAUGAACCGAGUCCGUUGUUCUCAGGAUCUUCUCCCUCGUGUGAUCAGGAGCUCCUUCACAUCAGCAGUGGUUAAUUGUUUACAGCGCGGCUGCUCUCUCAUCAAAGAUUUCUGGGGACCCAGAUGAAGAAAGUGGCCAAGAGUCUCACUAUGUUUCUUCUUUUUAACAACUCAAAGGGAAAAAAAAAUAACACUUAAACAAAAACAGAAUUAUGAGCACUUCCACCAGGUGGAUAAAGUACUUAAGUACCAGCCAUGAUUUUUUUGUUUUCCGUUUCGAUUUAAAAUACUAUUGAUGCUGAGGGGGAGGUGAUGCAGGGUAUAGAGGCAUUAGAUUAGCGGUGUCUACAGCUGUGGUCAAGGGUUGCGUCGUAGGUCAAGCUUGCGAGUUUAAGAUUUUUAGAUAUGAUUUCAAUCAUAGUGCAAACUUUACUCUUAUAACUACACAUGUCUGUGCCUUUUUAAGUCAGAAUUGGGUUUUUGGUAUAAUCCAGUUUGGCAGAAAGUUGUACACAGUUGUGGGCAGUGCAGAGGCUCGUUAACAGUUACUUCCCCAAGAGCCAUAAUGAUAUGAGUGUCAAUGCUGAGGUUAAAGAACAAUACUGGUGUUUUCAUGUUCAAGCCCAUUUACUACAAUUUAAGAGUUUCUUCCUCUAUAUUCUUGCUUAUAAUUCUGAAAAGUAGCACGUUCAAAAAGAAAAGAAAAACAUUGCAGAGAGCCUACUCUAUGAAAAUCAACCUGCACAGACUUGAACCGGGCAAUCCUCACAGUGAGCAUUGUGUCUCAGUCUGUUUUGUUUUUUUUGUCAAAGUUGCAUCAGUGUUGUCUGUAAUGCAGUACAAUAAGUGUCAGUUGACACUUUUUAAGGAAUUACCAAGCAACAAUGACUAACUUUGAGAAACAACAGUAAAUGCUGACAUGUCCACUUUAUGGAUUAGCCUUCUCAAGCAAGUUUCAAGUCUCUGCAAGUAUAUGUUCAUGCUGUAGUACAAUGAAUGGAAACCAAAGGCUGCUUGGAUAGUAGGGUUCUGAGUACUGCUUUGAGAUAUGGUUGGCAGAAAUAUGAGGGCUGCAACUAACACAUAAUUUAAUUAUGUGCUAACCAGUCAAUUCUUGUUUAAUCUAUACAAUGACACAAAAUAAUGAAAAAUGUCUUGAAAUAGUUUUAUCUGACUAACCGUUAGAUAUAUUUUUUAAAGGUACCCUGUGGAGUUUGUGAUCAGCGUUAAUAGAGCAAUGUUUUCAAGUGUGGGUCCCCAUUUUUGUUAGUGUCUCACACGGGUGGCGUGAUCUUCAGUCCUGCUGAUGGUUUCGCACUUUUCUGCUGAUCGACAGCUGGUGGCAGCGACGUGCCAAGAAACGUAGCAAUGUGCCAACAAAGGCAAGGAAGAAGAAGACUAGCUAGCCAGUAUACAUGGAUGCAAACAAUGUAGAUUUUCAAAUUCUUCCACACAAAAACAAAACGGCUCUUUAAAUGUUUUAUAAGGAAGGAAAUGCAUUCCAACACAUUUGAUAGACCUCAAAGAUACUUACUGCACUUAGGUGAGAAGCAGUGAAUGUUAACACAACGUUGUUACAAAAAAUCCACAGGGACCUUUUGAUUUACAAUAAAACAAAAGAAGCAAAUCCUCACAUUUGGGAAAGUGGAAUCGGCGUCUGUUGGGCAUUUUUACAUGAUUAAUUAUAAUUAGCUAUCAGAAUUGUUGGCCAUUGUCUGUUGAUCAACUAGUAAUUUCAGCACUAAAUAAUACCGUAUGAUUACUAGUAAAUGGGCAACAACAUGCAAAAAAAGAUGGUUGGUUGCUGACUUGUAGACAUGACAUUAAUGUCAAAUACUUUGACAUUAAUGUCAAAUACUAAACGUACUGAUGUCAUAAGGAGUCUAAUGCUUUCCUGAAGCCUCAGUCUGCAAUUUGACAAGUUGAGUUUUAACAUCAAACGGUAACAAGUCCUUGUAGUGUCACAUGUGGCACGGCUACCAUCUUUUGAUUACAACUUUAAUUUGCCAUUUGCACAUACUUAAAUUGAAGCCGUGGAGUGACGAGCUACACUGUGUCAUUUGUUGUCAUCCCCUAACUUGCAGACAUUUCUUUGCACAGAUUUUUUUUUUUCUUCUUUUUUUCAGUUUUUUACAAUUAGAUGCACAUUUGUUUUCAACUGUUAGACAGCACUCAAAUAACAUUGGUUGUUAGUGUGGCCUCAUGUAUGUCAUCACUUGUCAAUGUGCAGAGUAAUGUCAGCACUGUGUCAGAAAUUUCUUCAAAUCAAUAAAAGUUGCACUGUUUA